AGCUCCUCCCAGUCAGCAGAGGGCUCCGGGCUGCCCGGCUCUACCACAGGAGGGCGGAGCUGGAGCUGGAGCUGGAGCUGGAGCUGGAGCUGGAACUGGAGCCGAAGCCCGAGCCGGAGUCGGAAUUGGAGCUGGAGCCGGGGCAGGAGCAAGAGUCGGUUCGGACCAGGACUGCUAAGUGAACGCAGGAAUCAUGCAGAAGGACGGCAUCCUAGAAGCGGAGACAAUGGCCCCUGGGGCCGGAGAGAGGGGCUCUGAAACUGGAGGCGAAGCUUCCGUAACGUCUCGAGCUAAGAAGGAAGCGGUGCAGACAGCAGCCAGAGAACUCCUCAAGUUCGUGAACCAAGGACCCUCCCCCUUUCACGUGGUGGCCGAGUGUCGAAGCCGACUCCUCCAGGCUGGCUUCCAGGAACUGAAAGAGGCAGAGAAGUGGGACCUGAAACCCGAACGCAAGUACUUUGUCACCAGGAACUUUUCCACCAUCAUUGCUUUUGCUGUGGGGGGACAGUAUUCCCCGGGCAAUGGAUUUAGCCUCAUCGGAGCCCACACGGACAGCCCUUCCCUUCGGGUAAAGCGCAGGUCCCUCCGGAACCAGGCUGGCUGCCAGCAGGUUGGUGUAGAGACGUACGGGGGUGGAAUUUGGAGCACCUGGUUUGACCGUGACCUCACUGUGGCUGGGCGAGUUCUUAUCAAGAGUCCUUCCUCGGACCGGAUCGAGCAGCGCCUGGUGCACGUGGAAAGGCCGAUACUCAGAAUUCCUCACCUGGCCAUCCAUCUUCAGCGGAACAUCAACGAGAACUUCGGCCCCAACCCUGAGACCCACUUACUGCCCAUUCUGGCCACGGCGGUCCAGGAGGAGCUGGAGAAGGGGCUGCCCGACUCAGGAGCUCCUACAAACCAGACAGACCGCCACCAGCCGGUGCUUAUGUCUCUGCUGUCUGCCCAGCUGGGCCAGAGCGCUGAGGACAUCGUGGAGAUGGAGCUGUGCCUGGCAGACACCCAGCCCGGGGUCCUGGGAGGUGCCUACGAGGAGUUCAUCUACGCGCCCCGCCUGGACAACCUGCACAGCUGCUUCUGCGCCCUCCAGGCCCUGAUCGACUCCUGUUCGGCCCCCGCCUCCCUUGCCUCGGACCCCCACGUUCGGAUGAUCGCGCUCUAUGACCACGAGGAGGUCGGGUCAGAGAGCUCCCACGGAGCAGCAUCCCUGCUGACGGAGCUGGUGCUGCGGCGGAUCUCGGCCUCACCCCAGAACCUGACGGCCUUCGAGGAGGCCGUGCCCAAGUCCUACAUGAUCAGCGCCGACAUGGCCCACGCCGUGCACCCCAACUACAUGGACAAACACGAGGAGAACCACCGCCCUCUUUUCCACAAGGGACCCGUCAUCAAGGUGAACAACAAGCAGCGCUACGCCUCCAACGCCGUGUCCGAGGCCCUGAUCCGAGAGGUGGCCAGCCGGGUCGGGGUGCCCCUUCAGGAGUUCAUGGUUCGGAACGACUCCCCCUGUGGCUCAACCAUCGGGCCCAUCCUGGCCGCUCGCCUGGGGCUCAGGGUGCUGGACCUCGGCAGUCCCCAGCUGGCCAUGCACUCCAUCCGGGAGAUGGCCUGCACCUCCAGUGUGCUGCAGACCCUCACUCUCUUUAAGGGCUUCUUCGAGCUGUUUCCUGUUGUGAACCACAAUUUUGCAGUCAAUUGAGGUCCCUCGAGAGCUUCCCUUCCGCCCCUCACCCUGUGAACCCCAGAUUGUCAGUUCUUACCUGACUGAGCUGAAAUAUUAAAGUGGAUUUUUCAUUCA